CAGAGCAUGUAAACAUAAGUGCAUUCGCAAAGUACUUUAUUCUUUCUAUAUUUUUUUCCUCUAGUUCUGCAUGAAAAUAGUCUUCUCUUUUCGCUUCCCAGUGAAACUUAGCUGUGCCAACCUAACGAUGGAAAGUUGGUCUGUGGAUCAAGUCUGCAACUGGCUGAGACAGAGCAAUUUAGCAGAACUAGUUCCUAAGUUUCGUGCAGAAGAAGUAAGUGGAGCAGCUCUGUUGGCUCUGAAUGAUCGUAUGGUGCAGCAGCUGGUGAAGAAGAUCGGGCACCAAGCAUUGCUAAUGGACCUGAUUAAUAACUACAAGCAACAAAAACGUGGGCUGCAAUCCUUUGCAUGUGUCUGUGAAGCAGGUUUGCCAACGCUUCCUGAGAUCAGUGGUGCAAAUCUGCAAUUAUGUUCUGCAAGAUGUAGGACAUGUUCUUAUACUUUACCAAAUUUUCCUUACGAUGUCAAGAUGGUACUAAGAGAAAGAAAAUACCCUGAUCACAGCAUGAGAAUAAGGAUGGUUGACUGUUUGCAAGCAGACAUGACAAAGUACCUAGCAGGAUCGCUGUAUCCGAACAGUCAUCAGUACAACAUUGUUGUCAGGGCUUUAAUGCAGGCAUACCCGUUCCUGAAUGAAGAUGGGAAUGGCUUUUUGGUAUGGAAACGGGCGCUUAAAGAUCGUUUCAAAUAUGUGCGGAGAGCCAUUGAAGAUGAUGAGCAAGUUUUGAAGAACAAAUGCAAGUUUGGCCACAGGAGAGGACAGAGGAGGAAAUCUUCAUCUUCUGAAAACAAACCUUAUGAUGUCAAAGCGCAGAAAGAGGAAGAAUCUACUUAUCUUGAAGGUGAUGCAAUGUACGUACAGAUUAACUGGCUGAAGCAAGAAUAUAUGAAAACUCUAAGAAACUGGAAAGAAGUGAAUAAAAAAAUGAAUGCAACAAUGCAAAUACGAAGGAAGAUGAUCUGUGAUAAGACACCUUUAAAGGACAUUCUUAGACUUUUUCCUUUCUUAAGAUGCCCCUAUCAGCUUUUUAGGGAGUUCCAGCUUCUCACACACAUGGAUGUUUAUCAGAAAACAAUUAAGAUUUUGGAGAUUUAUUCAGAAAGCAUAUUAUCUUUAUGUCUGGUGAAGAAUAAUCCAAUGAACAUUAUGCUGCAAGAACAUCUGAAAGAGAACACAGAGGAAAACGUUCUAAAAUAUAUGAAGAUGACUGCCGCAUGUUUACUUCUGCCAGAUGUCUUUGGAGAUGACUGCAGUCUGUUUGCUGCAGUGAACGAGGAGGUGAAGGUAUUGACACCAGUGUUGGAAGUUAAAAAUCCCUUCAAUGUGAAUUCAUGCAGGUUUGCUCUGUACAUAGAAAAACAAGAAGUAGCCCAGCUCAGUGACUGUACCACAGCUCUGGCAGCACUGGUGGCUGCAUUUCACGUGUUCAAUAUCCAGUGCCCAAGCAGAAUCCAAAGGACGCUGAAAUUCCUCAUGUCCCUGAUUUUUGAGAUGGACAUCCCUCAAGCAUUCCUCCCAGGUCAAGUAAAGAGAGGGCUAGAUACCUAAACAUCCCAGUGUUUGCUAGUGUACUCAGGAACAUUCGGAAUUUUGUCAUAUAUCUUUGCUGUGAGGAUAAAUCACUGCACUUGUUCUAGUGAAAGCGUCUGUAUAUUACUAACUGUUAUGUUUAACGAUGCCUGCUGGUUACUUUUGGAAAAAUCUAAAACUGUCUAGAGCAGUCUGGAAGCAUUAGAGUAAAUACAAUAUUCUAGCUUGCUGCAGGUGUUAUGUAUCAGUUUCCCACAUAAAGCAUUUUACAAAUUAAGACAGUAUUUUUACCAUCAGAAUUAAAAAGUACUUAUGAGUGAAUGUGAGCACUUAGUGUUCUGAAUUUACACAAAUUAAAGAUUUGUUACCUCUCUUA